AUGUCGAACAAGCCGAUCUUACUCUACACUGGCAGGACUCCCAACGGGUUCCCCAUUACCAUCCUCUUAGAGGAACUGAAGGCAAAGUAUGGCAAGGAUCUGUACGACUACCAGGCCAUUGACAUCUCUACGAACACCCAGAAAGAGGACUGGUUCAUCAAGAUCAACCCGAACGGGCGCAUCCCCGCCAUCAUUGACCGCGCCAGGGGCAACUUCAACGUCUUCGAGACUUCCGCCAUCUUGCUGUACCUGGUGCAGCACUACGACAAGGACCUCGAGUUUGGCUUUGACCCGGUGAAGGAGCCUGAUGACUACAGCGAGCAGCUGCAGUGGCUGUUCUUCGCGCAUGGAGGCAUCGGACCCAUGCAGGGGCAAUCUAACCACUUCAACCGCUACGCGCCCGAGGACAUCCCAUAUGCGAAGAAGCGUUACAUUGAUGAGACGAAGCGUCUAUAUGGUGUCCUUGAAAUCCGCCUGAAGAACCGUGACUGGUUGGCUGGUCCUGGUCGGGGCAAAUAUUCUGUCGCCGACAUCAAAGCUCUCCCAUGGGUGCGGAUCCAUGCCCACUCUGGAAUUCCAACUCUCGAUGAAUGGCCUAACGUCAAGGCUUGGGUCGAGCGCUCCGAGGCACGGCCCGCUUUCCAGGCGGGCUUGAAUGUCCCGCCUGCGUGA